AUGUCAGCCGAAGAGCCGGUCUUCAAAAAACCACGUCUCCCCGGAGAACCUGAAGAGGAACAAGACGAAAAUAGCAUUGAAAUCCAGGAGAAACCGAGUGUUAAAGGUUAGUGGAAGUGUUUUUUGGAGUUUUAGGAUGUGAAUAGCAGUUUUGUGAAAAAAAAAUUUAAUUUUUUUUUUUUGAAAAUUGUCUGAAAAAGUUGUGAAAUAAGCUUCUAAAGCAUAUCUGAAAUUUUUAGCUCGCGUAAAGCAGAAAUUAUUGUGAUUUUUAAAUCGAAAAAUUUUAAAAAAAUCGAAAAAAAUUAAAAAAAAAAUUUUUUUGAAAAUCGCUAAAAGUCAGUAAUAUAACCUUCUUUCAGAGCUAAAAUACGAAUCCACAUAUCUCCGCUCGAUCCCAUCCGCCUCCCAGUAUGAGAAAUCGUUCAUGCACCGAGAUAUCAUCACUCAUGCAGUCGCCACAAAAACGGAUUUUGUCAUCACCGCCAGUCGAGAUGGACAUUUAAAAUUCUGGAAGAAGAAACAUGGAGAAGGAAUCGAAUUUGUCAAGCAUUUUAAAUGCCAUUUGAGUGGGUUUUUGAGAUUUUUUUUGGGAUUUUUAAGGUAAAUUUUUUUUUAAAUUUUUUUUUUGAAUUUUGAUUUUUUUUUGGGACGAUGGAAAAUUUCGGAUUGGAAAAGGAGAGAAUUUGAUUUUUUAUGCGAUUUUUUAGAAUAAAAAAUAAAUUUUUUUGAGAUUAAAAAGAAUUUUUUUUGUAAAAAUUUGCUAAAUCAAGGUCAAAAAGAAUGAUUUUCCAAGGGUUUUUGUAUGAAAAGAUCGCUGAUUUUUUUUGGCUACAACUAAAAACACAGUUGCUAAAAUUUUUCAGAAUUUAUUUUUGGUUUUUUUUUAUUUUUUUUACAAAAUUUUUUAAAAAUAUUUAUUUUGAUUUUUUAAAAUUUUUAUUUUGUAAUUUGGAUGCUUUUUUUAUCAAAAAUUUUUUUUUGAUUUUUUUUUUAUUUUUUAUUUUAUUUUUGAUUUAUUUUCAGACCCCUUUUCCGAGCUCGCCGUCAACCACAAUGGAACGCUUUUGGCCACCGUCUCCACCGAAGACAAGGCGAUCAAAAUCUUCGAUGUCCCCAACUUUGACAUGAUCAAUAUCCUCAGCCUCGAUUUCCGCCCCUCCACCGCCGCCUGGGUGCAUCAAGGCGCGGAUAUCAUCCAUUCGUUGGCGGUGGGAGACGCGGAUUCCCCAAAUAUCAUCAUUUUGGACGGAAAAGGAACGAAUGAGCCCAUCCAUAAAAUUGAAGACAUGCAUUUUGAUCCGGUGAAGAUUAUCGAGUACAUUCCACCGUUAAAUAUUGCGAUUUCUGUGGAUACAGGUGGGAUUUUGAAGGAUUUUUAGGGGGAAACUGGAUGCACUGUGCGGAAAUGAGGCUUGGCGAGCUUGCACUGUGCGUUUCGUCGCUGGUCUGACUGCACAGUGCAAAACAAAAGUUUACGGAACUGCACGGUGCGAGAAAUUUGUUUUUGCGGGGGAGUUGCACUGUGCGGGUUGCCGCUGGGCUGACUGCACAGUGCAAAAAAUAAUUUUUUGGUCUACACUGUGCGGGUUGUCGCUGGGAUGAAUGCACAGUGCAAAACUAGAAUUUAUGGAACUGCACGGUGCGGGAAAUUUAGAUCUGUGGGAAUUGCACUGUGCGGUUUGUCGCUGGGAUGAUUGCACAGUGCAAAAGCAAGUUUUUUUUGUCUUGCACGGUGCGGGAUAUUUAGAUCUGUGGGAAUUGCACUGUGCGAGUUGUCGCUGGGCUGACUGCACAUUGCAAAAAAUAAAUUUUUGGUCUGCACUGUGCGGUUUGUCGCUGGGAUGAAUGCACAGUGCAAAACUAGAAUUUAUGGAACUGCACGGUGCGGGAAAUUUAGAUCUGUGGGAAUUGCACUGUGCGGUUUGUCGCUGUGAUGAAUGCACAGUGCGAGAAAAAUUUUUUUUUGCCUGCACGGUGCGAAAAAUUUAUUUCUAUGGGAAUCGCACUGUGCGGUUUGUCGCUGGCCGACUGCACAGUGCAAAAAAUAAAUUUUUGGUCUGCACUGUGCGGUUUGUCGCUGUGAUGAAUGCACAGUGCGAGAAAAAUUUUUUUUUGCCUGCACGGUGCGAAAAAUUUAUUUCUAUGGGAAUCGCACUGUGCGGUUUGUCGCUGGCCGACUGCACAGUGCAAAAAAUAAAUUUUUGGUCUGCACUGUGCGGUUUGUCGCUGGGAUGAAUGCACAGUGCAAAACUAGAAUUUAUGGAACUGCACGGUGCGGGAAAUUUAUUUCUGUGGGAAUUGCACUGUGCGAGUUGUCGCUGGGCUGACUGCACAUUGCAAAAAAUAAAUUUUUGGUCUGCACUGUGCGAAUUGUCGCUGUGCUGACUGCACCGUGCAAAAAACAAGUUUUUUGUCUGCACUGUGCGGUUUGUCGCUAGGCUGAUUGCACAGUGCAAAAACAAGUUUUUUUGUCUUGCACGGUGCGGGAAAUUUGUUUCUGUGGGAAUUGCACUGUGCGGGUUGUCGCUGGCUGACUGCACAGUGCAAAAAAACAAAUUUUUGGUCUGCACUGUGCGGUUUGUAGCUGGCUGACUGCACAGUGCAAAAAAAAGUUUUUUUUGUCUUGCACGGUGCUGGAAAUUUAUUUCUGUGGGAAUUGCACUGUGCGGUUUGUCGCUGGUCAGACUGCACAGUGCAAAGAUAAAUUUUUGGUCUGCACUGUGCGAAAAGAAAAUGUGUUUGACUGCACGGUGCAAAAAUAUAAAAGUUCAAAAAAAUAAAUAAAUAAAAAUAAAAAAAAAUUGAAAAAAGAAAUUUUAUUUCUUUUCCAGCUGGAAUGUUCGAGUUCUGGGGCGGCGCCAAACUCGGCUACGAUUUCCCGGCCGACCGUCUGGAAUGGCUCUACAAAACGGACACCGAUCUCUACACCUACGCCAAACUAAAAGUAACCCCCCAAAACGUGGUCGCCUCGCCGUCGGGCGAACGCUUCGCCGUCUGGGGCUCGGAUCGCAUCAUCCGAGUCUUCGACACAUCAACUGGUCGGUUGUGGAAGGCCAUCGAUGAAACGCUGCAGAAUUACAUUGAACAGGCCAAAGACAAUCGCUAUCACGGCCUGCAGAACAUGGAAUGGAGUCGAAGAGUGGCGCAAGAGAGGGAUCUGAACCGAGAGGAAGGCGUCUUUGACACUUUCAAAAUGUGUUUUGACACCUCCGGCAACUUUUUGAUCUUCCCCACACCAGUCGGAAUUCAUGUAAGUUUGGGCUGGAAAUGGACGGAAAAGUGGAAUAAAGAGGAUAGAAAGUGAAAAAGGGCAGUUUAGAAUAUUUUGGGACAUUUUGGGAGACCGAAUUUUUGUCGGAAAAAUUUUGAAAUUUCGAUUUUUUGAAAAAAAUUUGAGUUGAAAAUGGUGUUUUCGGGAUGAAAAUAGAAAAUAUAGAUCAUACAUGGGCGAUAUGCGACGUAUUUUACCUUGAUAAAGUGUGAAUUAAUUGUUUUUUCUCUGAUUUUUUCAAAAAAUUUAUGAAAAUCGGUAAAAUUUUGAUUUUUUAACCGAAAACUGGUGAAAAAAAAACUUAGUAUAGUUGAAAUGCUGUAGCAAGGCUUGUUGUUUAAUUUUGACCAUUUUGUUGUCGAUUUUAUCAAUUUUUUAUAAAAAAAUUUUGAAAAAAUUUUGAUUUUUUUUGACCGAAAACUGGUGAAAACAGGAUUUUAAUAUAGUGGAAAUGCUGUAGCAAGACUUGUUUUUUAAUUUUUGAACAUCUUUUUUGUCGAUUUUAUCAAUUUUUUGUAAAAAAAUUUUGAAAAAAUUUCGAUUUUUUAUAUUAAACUUGGUUCGAAACGAAGGCUUAUGGGCUUAAGAUACGAUUUGGUUACCUGUUUUUCAAAUAAUUUGCCCGUAUUUUAGGUCUACAACCUGGUCACAGACCAAGUUGUUCGAGAAAUUGGGAAAGGAGAGAACGCCCGAUUCAUGUCCGUCGCACUGUGCAGAGCCUUUGUGGACACUCGAGAACUCCUUCAAGGCGCCGCAACGAGUCUGGAAGUCGAGACAGCCGACAAUCCGAAUUUAAAACGGGCCGAACCUGACCCCAUGUUGGUAAGAGAGGAUUUUUUAGAUUUUUUGGGGGAUUUUGAGAGUUUUUCCUGGAUUUUUUGGUUUUAAAAUACGAAUUUAUUGAUAAAUUUAAGAUUUAAUAUGAAAUUAUAUCGAAAAAAUAAAAAAAAAUUUAAUAAAAUAAAUUUAAUAAAAUUUUAGAUUUUUUUUUUUUUUUAAUUCUUCAGAAUAAAAAAAAAUCAAAAAUAAGUUGUAGUUUGAUUAUUUUGAUUCUGAAGAAUUAAAAAAUGUUUCCAGAUCGCGACGGCCUACAAGAAACAUCGCUUCUACAUUUUCACGAACGCCGAGCCCUUCAGCACCGAAGACGAGGAGGACUCGGGCGCGAGUCGCGACGUUUUCAACGAAAAACCCCUCAAAGAAGAAACGAUCACCGCCGUGGAAGACGACGCACCACAGACGCGCUUGUGUGACAGAGCGAUUAUUCACACCUCCUAUGGAGAUAUCCAUGUGGAAUUAUACCCGGAUAAAUGCCCAAAAACUGUGGAAAAUUUCUGCACCCUCGCCAGAAGAGGGUAUUAUAACAGUCAUACGUUCCAUAGAGUCAUUAAGGUUGGUUUUUGAAAAGUUUUGAGGCGAUUUUCUGCAUAGCGCGAAAUGCCGGGAAAUUUUGCACUGUGCAAAAAAUUUUUGGGUUUCGAUUUCUCUGCAAGGUGUUGGGGAUUUUUAAUGAAAUUUGGUCUGAUAAUACGUUGCAGUGUGAUUGACAAGAAUAUUUGAAAAUUUUGAGAAUUCUCCAGACUUACCGCACGGUGCAGAGAAAUUACGAAAUUUCGCACCGUGCAAAAAAUUUUUGACUCUCGAUUUCUCUGCAAGGUGUUGGGGAUUUUUAAUGAAAUUUGGUCUGAUAGUACGUUGUAGUGUGAUUGACAAGAAUUUUUAAAAUUUUUGCCAAUUCUCCAGACCUACCCCAAGGUGCAGAGAAAUUACGAAAUUUCGCACCGUGCAAAAAAAUUUUGACUGGAGAUUUCUCAGCGCGAUGCAGAGUAUUUUUAAUGAAAUUUGGUCUGAUAGUACGUUGCAGUGUAAUUGACAAGAAUAUUUGAAAAUUUUGACAAUUGCUCACUUUUAUCGCACGGUGCAGAGAAGUUUCGAAAUUUCGCACAGUGCAAGCAAUUUUUGACUCUCGAUUUCUCUGUGCGAUGCCGAGUAUUUUCGAUGAAAUUUGGGCUGAUAGUACGUUACAGUGUGAUUGACAAGGAUAUUUGAAAAUUUUGGACAAUUCUCCAAACGUACCGCACGGUGCAGAAACUUUACGAAAUUUCGCACGGUGCAGUCGAUUUCCCACGGAUUUCAUCGCACUAUGCGUUUGUAUUUGAAGUUUUUCGUAAGAGAAUAUUUCCAGGCCUUCAUGAUCCAAACUGGAGACCCGACGGGAAAAGGAACCGGCGGCCAAUCGAUCUGGGGACACGACUUUGAAGAUGAAUUCCAUCCCCUACUCAAACAUGAUAAACCAUAUCGAUUAUCCAUGGCCAAUGCAGGCCCAAAUACAAAUGGAUCUCAAUUCUUCAUCACGGUAUGCCCGGCGGACUGGCUAGACGGCAAAAAUACACUUUUCGGACAUGUAAGUUGUCUAGUGUAAUAUAUUUUUUUUCUGGAAUUGAUGAAAUUUUUGACUAAAAAAGGUAAUAUAUGGGAUAUUUAGGUCACCGAAGGCUUCAAUGUGGUCCAGAAAAUCAACGACGUCCCAACUCACGACAAAUCCGGCCGUCCCAAAAAAGAAAUUACAAUUGUCUCAAUCUCACUUAAAAGCGAGUGA